AUGCCGAUCCCGGACUUUGCCAACGAGGCAAUCUUCCCAAUCUUUGAGGGCCUCCCCAUCGAGGAACCCGGCGCCGCCGAUCCGCCCUCCUACGCCGCAUCCUCGGAGCCGCCCUCGUAUGCGCCGGCCCCCUCCGACCCGCCAUCCUACACGGACUCCCAAUCCGGCUCCGGCACCGCCAAAGCCUCCGCUUCCUCAUCCUCCUCCACGGCAGUCACGAGACCAUCCUCCCACGACGCACGCGAAGAAUGGUUCCUCAUAGCGCAGGUAAAACAAAACAUGACCAUCACGAAACCGACACUCGUGGUCGUCGAUCGCCAGCAGACGGAGUUCGCCGUCACGUUUGAGGACCGCGGGAUCGAUUUGCGGCCCGUCAAGGGCGGGUGGACGAUUGUCGUGCCGCGCGGGGAAUGCCAGAAGGAGGAUUGGAAGAAGCACAAGGGGGAUUGCAAGGUUCUCAAGGGCAUGGCGAACGCGUGGGGGAUAUGA